GCCGACAGACUACAGAAAUCGGACGUUCCACUUCCGACAGACCUUCAAGUCUCUCGCCACUCAGUCUCACCGGUUCGUAUCCAAUUCCAACCUAAAUAAUCCCCUUCCCCUCGGUAUCUCUCCGUCUCUCCCGGCAGAAAAAUCGAGUCUUCCUUCCGCCGAGCCGCCGUAAUAACCAAUCCUCCAAGCUUCGCGGAUUCGUCGCGGGCGCCGUCCAGUGGAUUCGCUUGGUAAAAAUCAUAAUUGGUUCGAUCUUGCCUCUUCGCUUCAAAAGAAACACAUAUCUGUUCUGUCCAAGAUGCAGAACAUCUUGCUGAAUUAGUAAUAUCGAUUGGACGCAACAGAAGUUGGUAGUGAAAUGAUGGGUGGCAGCAAGAGAAAGAGUGCCAUCCCAUCCUGUGGCGAGGCUGGGAAGAUUACGGCAGAGGCGUUCCCAAGCAGCAAGAGGAAGAAGGCCCUUCUAGCUCUUUGUGCACGGUUGCUUCCUGAUGACAUGAUGUUGGAGGUGCUACUUCGUCUCCCUGUCAAAUCCAUUCUCCGCUUUCGGGCCGUUUGCCGCUCUUGGGCUGCACUCCUCUCCUCCAAGGAUUUCUGCAGCCUCCACAUGGCAACCUGUAAGGUGCUGCCACCAGCACCAAAGCUACUGGUGGUCUCACCCACAGAAAAACUGGACUCCGCCACAGUAUGCUCAUACUCACCGUCAGGCCCGAGAGAUGAUUUACUCUUCACCAUUGACUCUGCACGUCCUGACUCUGUGGAAGUACUGACGCCCUCACCAUGCUGUGGCCUCACCCUUCUAUAUGAUGCCGCCGCGCUAGCUUACUAUGUUUGCAAUGCAGCCACACGGGCAGUCGCACGUCUGCCACCUUACUGUGAUCGUGCACGUGAUUUUACUGCUGGGUUGGGAUUUGAUGCCCGGACAAGGGAGUACAAGGUAGUGAGGUUGAUCAAUGGGCUUGCUCACGAGGACAUCCUCAGGUGUGAAGUGUACACACCAGGGGCUGAUUGCUGGAGGCCUGCAGCUGGAGGAGUACCCUUCAGGUGGUCCAAGUUUGCACAUUCUGCAGUUGGUCAUGCUAUGAUGAGCAAAAUACAACCUGUGUUUGCCAACGGAUUCCUGCACUGGUUGAUCAGUCCUUCUCUUCUCAUCAGAAGGCCAAGAGCUGCCAUCAUAUUGUUUUCCGUCGCAGAGGAGACCUUCGGAUCCAUCCGUUCACCACCGUUCUGGGGAUCAAGAGAGCACGUGCGCCCCUGGUCCCAGUCAGAAGGAGAGCAUCUGGUCGUGAUGGAUGACCAGGUGUGUAUUGUCCGGAACCUUCGCAACGGAACCCCUCAUGGUAGUGCCCUGGAGAUUUGGGGGCUACUGGAUUACGGCUCUGGUGAUUGGACGCUGAAUCAUCGAAUCGAUUUGUUCGGGCACAUUAGAAGAGAAUUAGGCGAGCCACAGGCUGUGAGAGUUAUUGGUUCUCUUGGCAAUUGCAGGUCAGGGAAGAAGAUUGUCAUUGCUACUAGCAAGCACUGGGUUUAUGAAAAGUUUCAUAAAAAGGUUUACACCUAUGAUCCUAGCUGUCAGGUUCUAGAGGGCAUUCUUUCGGUCACUGAGACACACACCUCUGUUCCAUGCUUCAUCCCUGGUUCAAGAUUCAGUUUAUUUGAAGAGAGCCUUGCUCCAGUGCAUAAAAGGGAUGAAGAGGUUGCCCUGUCAUCUACCCUGGCUAAGGCAACUAAAGAAACUACUACUUCCAAGCUAAAAGGUUAAAAGGCGAAAGGUCAGUAUUGUGUAAAUCAAGAUCGGCAUCUCCAUGGCGUGUAUUCUCAGGAUAUCAGUUAGCUGGUUUCGAAUGUGUGCGGCAGAAAUCAAGAGCUGAUAAUGCAUAUAGUACAUGUAGAAUGGCUCCAGCUACAUGAAGAAUCGGGUGUAGGCUUGUUUUGCUUUGUUCUAAAAUUUGAGGAAGAGAAUAAAGAGAUAGAAAUAUAUUGGGCGGUUCA